GGCUCUUUUCUCUACCUGUCAUUUUUAUUUUCGAUAGAAUUAAACAAAGAACGAGCAUAACAAAAUAAAUAAUAGAAAACAGAAUAUUAUUUAAGUUGUGUAAAUUUUAAAAAAUAGUGAAAAUGACCAGCCAAGAGAGACAAAUUCUUCGAAAAAUGGAUUUCCCGGAAAUGGCCCGCGAAGCUCUUCCUAUCAUAGAGAAUCUCAUCAUUCACCGCAACAAACAUGACUUGGCAAUGGAUCUGAUAGGGGAGUUUGUAUUUCGCGAACGAAGAGAUGAUCAGCGAAGUAGCAGCGGUCAGCAGUAUCAAAAGCAGCCAGUGACUCCGCGGCUGUCCUCAAUCGACGAGUUCCAGCUAGUGCUGGUUAUGUGCGAUUUUUUCUCCCGGCCCGGACCGGAUGCCACCCGUAACGCGGUAUUUUUCUCUCUUUUCGGUGGAUCCAUUGGGCGGAGCAGUGUGUUAAACAAGCUGAUCAGUACAGCCGUCUCCGGAUCAAUUGCUCCGCUAUUGUGUGCAGCUGGCACAUGGAUGCAACAGUUGGGUUGCACUUCUCCGCCAAGUCUUGAGUUAGCGCAGUGCAUCGUCAAAGACUUUGUAAUAUUCUCGAAGAAAUCGUCGGAGCAGCUCAAAUCUUUACCAAUGGUGGCACCGCGUUUUGCGGCCAACUUCAUGACCGCGGUUACGGAUCUGUAUCUCAAUGGAGGUAAAGGUCAGUUAGUAGCACCUCCUGAUCUUCUGCUGGAUGUGAUUACCGAGUGGGUGUCCGAGAACCCGGCAUUGUGUCUCGCUUCGCAGCAGCCGAUGGCCCUACCAACUGGGGCAAUUGCUAUGCCCGUGGUAACUCCAUUGGCAGGAUUGAUCCGAUGGUGUGUUCUUUCCAUGAUGAUCACCAAACAGCAAGAUUUGUACAGUAAGCUGCAUCUGGCCGUGUUACAAAGUUUACUGGAAGCGACUCCUCCUGUCACAGCUCCUCCCAGUGCAUUGAAUGCUCAACACCUUGGACUAAUCAUCAACUCGCUGCAGAUUGAAAUGGAAUCAUUGCUGAAAAUGGGUAAUUCGUUGAACGAAGAGUAUAUUCACAGCUGUUUGGAACGAUUCGCUCAAGCCGUGCAGGUCGGAUUGACGUCAAGGUGCAUAUUCGGAAAUAUUCCCCACCUGGUGUGUCGCUUGGAAACGCUUCCUAGCAAGAACAAAUUGCUACAGAUAGUAAUCAACGCCAAUAAGACUGUAUGUAAUAUUAGGAAAAGAAAAGGGAAAGACAUUUGCGUUAAGCAAUUCGUAAGAAGUUUCAUCAUUUACAUCCGAGUUUAUACCGUGAACGUUAAACAUUCAUCCAAUUGGAUCACGAAGUUUUCCGACAAAUUCAAACUAUGAUACAUCCCGUCUAGACCAUCCAGAUGGUCCGACGGUCGGUCGUACGAAUUUCGGCCAUAAAUCAGCAGUUAUAUCCCCGAUGUCAUUCGUAAUGAUUCCAGUGACCAUAUCUUCAACAGACCCAAUAUUCAGUGGACUGCCCACAACCAGGCGCACGAAGUUACAACAAUGUAAGCAACGGCCAUUGUAUAGAAAUCAUCUGACGAGCACCAUUCCGACUAUGACAAGCCAACCUAUUUCCACGAUCCACGAGCCAAUUAUACCUGGGAUCCAGCGAUCCAGCGACAUAUUUUCAAAAUGAUUUGUAUUCUUGCUUACUUAAAUCUGAAUAUUUCGAAUAGUUUGAUUUUUCUGGUGUUAACGGGAAUGCUAAAUGUAAUUGUAUUUAUUUU